CGUAGAUCCAGUAAAAUGAUGGGAAUAAUAAUUCUUUAUGGAUGGUGAUGGUUUUAAUGUUCUCUCCUGUUAGGUCUCCAUCUCCAGUCCGAAGCCCCAGUCCAAGACGAAGAACACCAUUCAGCCGAAGCAAAACACCAACUAGAACAGAUGUUGACAUGUCACCAACCAAAGAUGACUCGUUUUCGCCUCGAAGAUCCCCAAGCAAAGGAGAUUCGAUCAAUGAAAUCGAUCCCGAGGCUGUUCGCGUAGCUCUCCGGGACUUCGCGCAAAAGAUGCGUGACUUUGAGCGUGAGAGAGACGAAGCCUUCGCACAAGUAAAUAGCCUUCAGAGGCAAUUCUCAGAGGUAGAAAAUGAUCGAAACGAAUGCGAGAAGCGAGUGCAGACAUUGCAAAAAGCUCUCGAAGAAAGUGAGAACGGCAAACGAGGUGCAGAUGGGAAGCUUAGCAGCGCUCAAACGGCGUUGAUGCUACAAGAAGAGACUAUACGAAGGCUGGAGCGUGAGAGGAAGAACAUAAACGAGAAGAUGCAGGCCCUAGAGACGAGUCUUGCGCAGUCCGAUGCUGAUCGAAGGCAGCUGAAAGAUAAGGUAUCAAAGCUUCAGCUCAAUGACACCAAGGUCGAACAGGAAAAGGAGGCUAUGAGAUCUCAGAUUGAGAAUGCGGAAUCUCGUAUCACAAGAAUAGAGUUGAAAAAGCGAGGCUUAGAAGGUGACCUCGAGCGCAUUCGUCUGUCCUUGCAAGAGAGUGAGGCUGAGAAACAAGCAAUGCGAGACAGAAUAAAUGAUUUGGUGCAAUCACAGCAACACCUCGAACAAAAGGCGACGUCGCUUCAGCUCACUGUGGAGCGGUUAUCGACAGCGUUGGCCAAAACAGAAGAGGAAGAGCGUUUAUGUAAACAAAAGGUUACCGAACUGUCGAUGAAAUUAAACGAUAGCAACCAGAACAUACUGAGCUUGCAAGAGCGAAUUAGGCAGCUGCAAAGAGCUUUGACCACUACAGAGCACGAUAAAAGGGUUCUGGAGGAGAGACUUGAUACGCUGAAAAUGUCGCAGGUUGAAGGGAAGAAAGCCAACGAUGGCCUUGCAGAGAGAUGCAGAUCGCUGCAGAAUGAGAUUCACGAUGCAGAAGAAAAGAAAUCGGAAUUAGAAGAGCAAGUUCGUAAAUUGCAUCAAAUGGUCCAAGCACGACAAGAGAGCGAAGAUGAUUUCGUCACCCGAGUAGGAAAGCUGCAGGUGAAAUAAUUUGCAAUGUUUCAUUAAAACAGAC